CGACGUCACUCCAAUUCGAACAGCGCGAGCAAGAGAGAGACGGAGAGGAAGCUGUCACAUUUUUCUUUACAGGUUGGAAUGAGAGGAAGGUGAGGCGACCAUGAGUUGGUUUGGGUCAGCCUCGGAGUGGAAGCAAGGCCUGACCUCCUCGGCCCUUAGCAAGGUCGAGGAGCUGGAGAAUCAGGUGGAUCGAAUGAAGCGUGAAAGGACACAGAAACAGAACCAGAUAGACACACUCCAGCAAGCACUUGACAAACAGAAAAGAGUGAAUGAGGACAAGGGCAAGGAGAAGCAGCGUCUGGAGAAAGAGAUCGAGCAGCUGGCCAGGAGCUGCGAGGGUCUCCAGCAGCAGUUGCAGAAGGGCCAGCAUGACCACAUCACCUCCAACAUCGCCCUUCACCUCCCCAGGCAGACCAGCGGGGGGUUGUCGGAGUCCUCUGGCCAGUCGAGCGAAGAAGUUGAAGCCCUGAAAAGGAAAAUUGAAGAGUUGGAGUGUGAAAAUAGGGAUUUACAAUAUAGAAGGGCUGAGCGUGAAAGUGGAGUGGGUCUCAACAUCUCCUCCUCCUCUUCCUCUUCUGGGAAUGCGGACGAGGAGAAGGACUUCUGGAGUGGCUUUGGGGAACAGAACAAGCGUGGCCAUUCAUCUGUCAGCAAGACCCCCAUGAAGAAGGCCAUCGAGACGAGCGACGAGAACCCCUUCAAGGCUCCCUAUGUCACGCCUCACAAGAAAGGCUCAGGCCUUGCAAUGAGUGACGGUAAUCCAUUCAAAACACCCCGCAAACAACUGUCAAUGUCGUCAUUACCUGUGGCAUCUCAGUCCAACGCUGCUGGUGAUGAGUACACUAAGCAACUUGAGAAGAUGGUCGAUCAGUACAAAAAGGAUUUUGAAGAUCUUCGAGCCAAUUCUUCCUCCAGCACAGUCGACACCACAAAGUAUCAGACAGAGAUCGCAGCUCUAAAAACUGCCCUGGACAAAGCCAAGUCAGAAAAUAGUAGUCUUGAGAAGACGAUUGCAAGCCUCAAUGAACAAGUGGCGUCCUUCAAGUCCAGUAAGGAUGAACUGAAUGAAAAGCUUCAGAAAGCAGAAAACCAGCUGCGCACAGUCAGGAGUGAGAUGGACUGUCAGAGGCACAACAGUGAAGCGACACGCAAAAACCUCGAAGAGAAAGCCAAAGAAAGGGAGAGAGAGUUGAACUCUGACAUCACACGCAUGCAGGCAGAUAUGGCAGGCUUGGAACGGCAAGUAAAGGACCUGCAGACCAAGCUACAACAGCAGGAGACCCACGCCCGUAAUAAUGAAAACGCCCUGAAAGCCUCCCUGGACAAGGCCACUUCACAGGUUGCAACCCUGGAGAAGGAUCGUAAUACAGCAGUCAGCCGAAGCAACCAACUGGAGACUGAGGUUGAGAAACUGAAGCAAAAUUUGGAAGACACAAAUAAAACUGUUGUCCAGCUACGGCAGGAAAAGGAUAUGAUUUCCUCGCAAGUAUCCAACCUCAAGCUGAAGUUGACUGCCUCAGAAUCCUCCCUCGAAAAAACCUCGCAUAAAUUAGAGGCAGCAGAGCAGCAGGUGGAGAGUCAGAAGCUGGCCUUGGAGCAGCUGCAGUCCGAGAAGGACAAGGCCAAAAAGGACGCCGAAAACAACAUUAGCAGACUGACCCAGGAAGUGAACGAACAGCAGGCACUGAACAAGACGCUGAAGACUGAGAGGGACGAAGCUCAGGCUACCAUCCAGACCACGAAGGAAGCCUGCGACAAUAAGCUGGCAGGUAUCAACGCUAUGGAGGCCGAGGUUGAAGAAAUGAAGAAGAAGGUUGCCGAAACAAAUGCAGCGAUGGAAGCAGUGAAAUCAGAAACGACUAACACUGUAGAGACUACUAAGGCAGAGGCGGCAGCAGAGAUCAAGAAAAUAAAGGAAGAAGCAGAAAAUAUGGUGCAGAAAGCCAAAACAGAAGCAGAAAAAGACAUAAACAAGGCAAAGGAAGAGGCAGGUGAAACUGUCAACAAGUGCAAACAAGAAACAGCUGACAGCAUUGCCCAGAAGGAGAAAGAAACUCAGAUGCAACUGGAUCAGAUGAAGGAGCAGGUCAGUGAAGCCGAGGCCAAGGUGAAAGCAGCUGAGGAAGCCAAGAAAGAAGCCCAGGAAAAGGAGGAAAAAGCACGGGGAGAGAAGUUGGCAGCCGAGUUGUCUGUUUGGGAGAUUGAGGGAACGAUAGAUUCCUUCAAGGAUGCAGCUGCGCAGGCACAGCAAAAGGCUGAUGUUCUUAAUGUUCAGAUGGAAAGUCUGCAGCAAGAGAAGGCCACUCUGGAGAAACACCAUGAUGAUUUGGUGAAGAGCAAGGACGACACAAUCCAGACUCUGACUUCCACAUUACAAGACAAAGAAAAGAUCAUUGAGGGUCUGGAGGGCAGUGUCAGGGACCUCAAAAAGUCCCUGGAGGAGGCAGCCACAGAGAGGGAGAAGAUCGCAUCGGAAGCAGAAGAGGCAAGCAGGGAACAGGCAGAGAAGUUGGGUCUGUUGACAAAGUCCCUUGAAGAAAUGCAAGAAGCCCUGGAGAAAGAACAGAAGGAAGUUCAGGAUCUCUCAUCUCGUCUCAAAACCGAGGAGGAAGAGAGAUCUGAAGUGCUGAAGAAACUUGAGGAGGCUGGAGUAGCAGCAGAGGAGCAGAAGGAAAAAAUUCUGGCCUUAGAAGAGAGACAGCAGGAACUAGAGGCUGAGCUUCAUGAUACAAAAGAACAGAAGGAUCAUCUGCAGUGCAAGUUAGAGGAUAUGGAGAAAGUUCAUGAGGAGAAGAUUUCAGAAUUCCAAACCACCAUUGAGGAAAAUAGACAGGCAUUAGAAGGAAAAGAUGAAGAAGUUUCAGGCCUGAAGGAUCAGCUGGAAAAGAUAGAAGAAGAAAAGAGUGAACUGGAGGAGGAGAGUGAGAAGUUCAGGAAGGAGAAGCAAGAAGAGAUGUUGCAUCUCCAGGAGGCCCUAACCCUGGCUGAGGAGCACAGCAGCACACUGAAGGGUCAUGUAGAGAUUCUUCAGUCCCAGGUCACCCAACUCAGUGUUAGCUUUGAGACCAAAGUGGAGAGUUUGGUUCAGGAGAAGAUGCAGCUGUCACAGCAACAGCAGGAGUUGAUGACCAGCCUUGAGGAGUUAACAAAGGAAAAGGAUAUUAAAGUAGAACAGAUUGAAAAGGCAGAAGAAGACAUUGAACAACUAAAGGAUGCUCUCCAGGGCAAGGUUGAAGAGCUUCAAAACAUCAGUAGCACUUUAGAGACCCAAACCCAAAACAUUAACAGGUUGGAAGAGGAGAUGCAGAAAACCACUGCUCAUGUGAAGGACUUGGAAGCAACAAAGGAGGCACUGGAGAACAAGUCAAAGGAGGCUGUGGACAGGUGUGAGGCCAUCAUUAAGACCCUGGAGAAGAAGGAAGAGGAAAUUGAACUGAAGCAGGCAGAGGCUCAGGCACUGCAAGAGCAGCUCCAGAGUGCCAGUGAGAGAGUAGAGGAGGCAAAUGCUCGUAUAGAAAAGCUGGAAGAGGAAGCAAUUAUAAGUUCUCAGAAGAUGAGUCAGUUAGAGAUGGACCUUGAAAAUAUUUCUGAUGAGGCAGAAUAUAAGGUUGAGGCUGUGCAGAGCCAGCUGUCACAGAUGAAGGAAGAAAGUGAGGCUACCUCAUCCCAACUUGCCACACUAAGCCAAGAACUUGAGCAGAAACUAAAUGAGAUGGAGUCCCUGAAGAGUAAUAUUGAAGUGAUCACAAAGGAGAAGGAAGCCACCCUCACCUCCCUCCAUGAGCAUCAAGGACUCUUAGAUGCUGAGAGGGCAAGAUAUAGUGAAAAGGUGCAAGAGAUUGAAAAAGUUGCAAAGAGCCUUCGCGAGGUUGAGGAGCAAGCAGCAGCGCUGAGAGAAGCUAAGGCAGCCUAUGAGAAGGAGGUGGAAUCCCAGCAGACCUCCAUGAAUUGCCUAAAGGAGGCCGUCUCCCAGUUGGAGGUCCAGAAGGAAGAAUGGAAGGCCGAACUGGAUACCCUUCAAACUUCCCUGUCCGCACUCAAGGAGGAGAAGGCAUUGCUGGCAGCAGAAAUUGAGCAGAUGAAUACUACCAAUAAAAGCUUAACGGACCAGUUGGAGAACUUGCAGCUGAGCCAAGAAAGUGUUGAAUCUGUCAAGCAGGAACUGAGCUCGUCUCUGGAGGCCAAGAGUCACGAAUGCAUGGAACUACAAGCAGCACAACAACAGCUGGAGGAAAAGUUGCAGAAGGAAGCCUCUGGUGCUGAAGCAGCCAUUGCCAACCUGAAUGAGGAAAUUGUAAGGCUGAAGAGUGAAAUACAAACCAAGGAAAGUGACAUGGAAGAAUUGGCUAAGAAACUGGAUGCAGCGCUAGAGGAACGCCAGACCCUCUCUUUGCAGAGCAAUGAACAGCGAGAGUUACUAGAGAAUGCAAUGAGGACUCUGGAAACCACCAAGAAGAAUUACAUUGAUAGAGUAAUGUAUGAAGAAAAGUGCAUUGAGAGCGAAGGGUGGAGGGAAAAAGUGCUGAAGCUUGAGCAGGAAUGCAUUAAGAACAACGUUGAUAUAAAUGAACUGGAAGAGCUGCUACUUGCUGAGAAGCAAGAAUCGGCUAGGCAGACCGCAAUCGCUAAGCAAGCAGAGACUCAUGUCAAGGAAAUUCGCAAAGCCCUUGACGCGCGGAUAGCAGUAUUGGAAGCACUACUUUCAUCUACUCAAGCAGACCUGGCGGGACAGUGCGACUCUCAAGCCACUCUGGCAAAGGAAGUCAAUUAUCUAGAAGAGAAUCUGAGACAGAUGACAAACAAGUGGGAAGUGGAGAGAAAGAGAGCAGAAGCCAUCCAAAGUGACUACGAGAAUUACAGGGAUGUGAUUGUCAUGAUGCAGCAGCAGCGAGAUGAUACAACCUCAGAUGAAAUGAUGAAGAAGGAGAACUCUGAUCUCAUCAGACGUCUGAACUCUGUGGAAGCCAGCAACCAGAAGCUUCACUCUCAGGUGCAGAAUCUUAGGAUGAAGGAGCAGCAGCUAAAAGCACAGCUGAAGGAUGCCAGUGAAGAGAAGGUAAAAACAAAUUAUUCUCAGGAGCAGCUCCAGACAACAGAAGAAGAGCUGAAGAAGGCUGAGCAGACUAUAUUGGAGCUCCAGCAGCAUCUCAACAUAACAACAGAAGAGUUGGAGGAGCUGAGAUGCAACAGAACGAGUGAUAACAACAGGGAGGCAGAGGAGAGGGAGAACGAAAUGGCUGUCCUCAAAGACCAGAUUGCUUGCUUGCAGACUAGCCUUGCAGCCAAGGAAGAAGAACUAUCGCACUUGAGCCAAGAGAUGGCUAAAUUGAAGAGUUUACAGAGAGACCUGCCAGUGACUAGUGAGUCGCCUAGGAAAGACAACUCCCUGGUGGAUAUUGCAGCUCUGCAGACGGAGUUGAACCUUGCCAGAGGACAACUCACAGUCUCUCAAGAUGAGCUGAAUGGCCUGAAGUGUGAAGUGCAAGAGUCACAAGACCAGCUCAAGCAGGCAAUGUUCGACCUCAGGAAGACUCAGGAGCAAAAUAAGCUGUACCAGGACAUGGCUCAGGAACUGGAAGACAAGGUGAAUCUGCUGGAAGCUGAAAUGAAGUCAGCUAGUGAAGGCAAAGAACGCAUGAAGGAAGAACUGGAGCAGCUGCGUAGUUCCUCAACAGUUGAGACAUUCGCAGACUCACAAGCAGAUACUAUUGCUUCUUUGAAUGAAGUGAUUGCCAGACUGCAAGAGGAGCAUAAUAACCUGAAGGAAAAAUAUAGCACCCUGCAAAAAGAACUUCAAGAGGUAGCAGACAAUAGGAACAGAUUACAGGAACUAGAAGACAGCCAUAAAAAGAGUGAAGAGCUUGCUUUCCUGAAUGAGGAGCUGAGCUCCAAGAACGAUGAGCUGACCACUAAGAACGACCUCCUCAUCAGCCGCAAUGAGGAACUGGCUGGCACCAUCGAGGACCUGAGUACCCAGAUCAAUGAGUUAGUCUGCCGCAAUGACGUUCUCACCUCAGACAACGAGACCCUGACCAAGAAGGAGGAAGAAAUGAUACUGCAGCUGGAUGACCUCAUGAUGGAGAAACAGGACCUGGAUACUCAGGGCUUGACCAUGUCACAGCGGCUGGAUGAGGCUGUCUCUGGCAACAAAGAGUUGAUUGCUCGUAACACUGAACUGGUGCUGCAGAACGAAUCACUGCUUUUGGAGAACCAGGAGCUCAAGGGGUCAAUACAGGAGAGGAACCAGAGUCAAGAGGAUGCAGAGGAACUGUUGAAGUUAAGAGAAAAAUAUGAAAACCUCCAGACUGAAAAUGAAAUGCUGGAAAAGAAAUAUGAUGAGCUUAAAAAGCUGCAUGAAGAUAGUACAAAAGAAAGAGAGGAAAUAGAAAAUGAUAAGAAGUCCUUGACAGACACAAUGAAGAAUUUGGAGGAUGUAGUAAAUCAGCACCAGACAGAAUGUCAGGAAUAUAUCAAGCAAAUUGAAAAAAUGGAAGAGGAAAAUAACAAGCUUUCUGAACAACUACAAGGUGCUUCAUCUGAGCGAGAUGAACUUGCCAGUAAAAUGCAGGAGCUGGUUGCAAAGCUGGAGACAACUGUGGCAGAAAAAGAAAAGUGCUUGAAGGAGUAUGAAGAACUGCAGUCAGAGAAGGAUUCAGUUGUUCUUGAAAAGGAACAAGUACUUUCUGAAAAGGAACAGCUUCAGUCCAAAUAUGAAGCUGUUAUGAAGGAAAAGGAUGACUUGGCAUCUGACAAGGACAAUCUACAUCAAGAAAAUGAAAAGCUGUCUCUAGAGAAGCAGCAGAUGUUAUCAGACCGAGCAUUGCUGGAAGAAAAAAGCAAGGAAACUGAGGAGGAAAGGGAAAGCCUGCAGAGUCAAAUUGACUCCUUUGUUUCGCAGAAGGAACAGGAACAGUCACAAGUCGAGAGUCUGAAGUUAGAGAAUGAAAAGAUCGUAAUUGAAAAGCAAAAGUUGGCUACCUUAGCUGAACAGAGCAGCAUGGACAUUGAAGAGCUAACUGUAGAGCUCAAGCAGGUGACAUCACUCAAGGAAACACUGCUGUUGGAGAAUGAGGAACUGAGGAACAAAAAUGAAGAACAACAGAAAGAAAAGGAGAAGCUGAGCACAGAUGUAGAAUUAUUAAGAUCAGAAAAAGAGGAAUGGGCAACAGGGAAGGAACAACUCGUGAAAGAGAAGGAGCAACUGAAGCAAGAUUAUGAAAAUCUUCAGUCACGUGAGGAAAACUUGUCAAAGGAGAAGACUGAUGUGAUGUCAGAACUAGAGGCUGCAAAAUCUCGCCUUGCUGAUGCGGAGGGAGAGAUUACUGCAUCCAAGCAAGAAAUUGCAUCCCAGAAGGAGACCAUUGCAACUUUGCAGAACAACCUGGCAGAACUGAAGCAACAGUUAGGAGAGGAAGCCUCACUUAACAAGGAGGUUGUCAGGCUGCAAGAUGAAGUGCAAACUGCAAAUGAGGAGCUUCAGGUUGCUAAGGACAACCUCACUAACAAGCUGUCAGAGACAACAAGCCUGAUGGUGGAUAAAGCAGCCCUACAGGUAGAGGUGUCACAGCUCAAGGAUAAAGCAGCAUCUGCUGAAAAGUUAGAGAAGUCUGUGACAUCAAAAGAAGCCAAGAUUGAAGAGUUGGGGGUUCUGGUCAAGGAAUCCCGCACAGACCUCGACUCACUCCGCGCCAAGUUCUCCCUCGUCCAGAACAUCGGCAGGAAGAAGGAGAGUGAACUGAAGGAGUGCAUGAAGCAUGUGGAACAGCUGGAAGAGGAAGUGGAACAGCUGAAGGAAAAGGUGAAAGAAACAGACACAGAUGCAACACAGUGCCGUAAAAACUUGGAGGAGACCAAGCAAGAGGUGGAACACUGGCAGAAACGUUUUAAUGAAAAGAAUGGGGAAGCAGAACAACAGGCAAGCCAGCAGAUUGAGGUGUUGAAAAAAAUGCACGACCUAGAAGAAGCUAACGACAACAUGAAAUCCAAGGUUAAGCUUCUGCAAGCACAGAUCAAAAAGUUGAAGGCAGAACAGAGCCAAGAUAAGGCCCAGGACCUCCAGAAGUCUGUUUUGAAGCCAGCCAAGUCAUCCCCUCAGCUGGCCAAUCCCAUGCAGGUCACCCAAAGGUCUGAGGCGCUGGAGAGUCCUGAAGUCAUAGGAAGCUCGCAGACCCAGGAACCGAGAUUGUCGGACAUGCCCCAAGUGAAAUCAAGAGCAGUAACACGCAUGGCAUCGACUAUGAAGAUACCUCCUGCUAACAAGAGCCAGCAGCCGUCUGGAGUGAGGACCCGCCGUUCACUCAUUCAGACUGUCGAUGAAAAUUCUCUUCCAGAGGUGCUUCAGUCUCAGGGGAGGAAGUCCUUGGUUGCAGAUGAUGAUGAAAUGAAGCGUGCCUUGAAGCGAGUUUGCGCAUCGACCUCCAUGAGCCAGGAGAAACGCAAGCGCAAAUCCACUGUUAUCCCAGAAUCUCCUGAGGCCGCUGUUGAAGGCCUUCCAUCAAAAGUAAAGCAAGGUCUGAAUGACCUUCCUUCCGGUGCAGAGAGCCCAGGGGUGAUGAGAAGAUCAACUACUCUGGUCAAGAAGUACGAUUCUAAUGACAAGUCACAGGUGGGUGGCCCCCUGAAAUCAUUGAGCACAAACAGCCCAAUCAGACCCAGUGAGAGACGCAUGACCCGUGCCAGCAUCGGCCUUCGAGGAAAGCCUCCUCAACCUGCCGCCAGAUCCGACGAAUGCAAGACACAGUAGCUUGUGUGUGUGUGUCAACAUAUUAUCUUGUAUUAGUUUUUGACAUGAUUGAGGUCACCUUUUUCUUUAUCUUUUGUUUUAAUUCCGAGACACGGUUAAAAAACUUUGAAUGCAAAGUUAGGUACAUUUAGUUGAAAGGCUAAAAAAGAAGCAGAAAAAAGAAAAAACACUUUUUACCGAGUUUUUAAUAUGGUCUUUAUUUUGAUAGGUUAGUUAGACAUUAGCUAAGAGGUAAUGAUAAGAAAUAAAUCCUAGGUCUCUCUAACAUUUUCCUGAAGAACUAGAGGAAAUAGGUUGGUCUUGUGAAUUUAGCAUGCAGAUCAAUUUCAAAUUAUUUAUUUUGCCCAUUAUCAUUCGAUGCAUUUCAUUUAGAUCUGUUUGACAUGUAGAAAAAAAAUGUAUAUUAUUUUACUCUUCAGGAUAAUGUUGAGGUUUUGCUGAUAGAUGUCGGAACACAUUGAUUGUACAUAUGUAGAUUGCCUAAUCCCUUAUAUAUAUAUUUUCUUGUGUGUUUCUGUCCUCGCAUUUUUUUAUUCAUCUUUUGCCCUCUUUUUAUUUUGCUUUGUUUUUUUUUUAUUUGUUUUAUUUUAUUCUUUUCUGUUCUCUUCUUCAAUCCAUGACUAAUGUCUAGAUAAAACGUACAUACAUUUAAUUUUUUCAUAUUUUUAUACACUUGUGGAUAUAAAUUAUCUUCAUAUUUCUAUAAAACUUUUGUACAUUUUUAUAUUUCAUUAAAAAUAUGAAAAUCUCUUUAA